CUGAUGGAAUGUAAAGUAUUUAUGUAGUCAUCUUUAAUUUCUUUGUCUCACCUUCUGCAAAGUUCUGCAGUGAAACAUUUACUUAAAGUGAAACUUUCACUAAUUUCAAAGUGAUCACCUCAAGUUUGCACUGGCUGUUUUUCAGUGUACAUCAACCUUUACAGAACUCAAAAAAGAUAUUUCAGUUUUAGAUUUGGGAUUUAAAUCUUAUUGGGAAAACUAAUAUGAUUAGGUAGGCAAUAAAAAAUCCAAUCCACAUGUUAGGCUGACGUCUGAGGUGGGAUUCGAACCAGGGUCCACGAGGUGAAACAAUGGGUAGAUACCACAAAGCCAACCUGAAUAUGGGUAGAUACCACAAAGCCAACCUGAAUAUGGGUAGAUACCCCAAAGCCAACCUGAAUAUGGGUAGAUACCACAAAGCCAACCUGAAUAUGGGUAGAUACCACAAAGCCAACCUGAAUAUGGGUAGAUACCACAAAGCCAACCUGAAUAUGGGUAGAUACCACAAAGCCAACCUGAAUAUGGGUAGAUACCACAAAGCCAACCUGAAUAUGGGUAGAUACCACAAAGCCACCCUGAAUAUGGGUAGAUACCACAAAGCCAACCUGAAUAUGGGUAGAUACCACAAAGCCAACCUGAAUAUGGGUAGAUACCACAAAGCCAACCUGAAUAUGGGUAGAUACCACAAAGCCAACCUGAAUAUGGGUAGAUACCACAAAGCCACCCUGAAUAUGGGUAGAUACCACAAAGCCACCCUGAAUAUGGGUAGAUACCACAAAGCCAACCUGAAUAUGGGUAGAUACCACAAAGCCAACCUGAAUAUGGGUAGAUACCACAAAGCCAACCUGAAUAUGGGUAGAUACCACAAAGCCACCCUGAAUAUGGGUAGAUACCACAAAGCCACCCUGAAUAUGGGUAGAUACCACAAAGCCAACCUGAAUAUCUAGUGGACACCAUCAGUAGCAAAUAAGAUUCUAACUAAAAUGUUUUUGUAAACUGACUCGACGGGUGGAAUUUUCAAACUCACAACGAAAAAGGAACAUGUAGUAUAUCAGCUUCAUGUUAGACAGUUUCUUUAUUUAUUCAACACCGACUAAAAAGAUGUAAAAUGAGUUGCCAAUGAAUGCCUGAACUAGAGUAAUACUGACUGAUGAAAAGGGGAUUAUUUAUACACAUUAAUAAGGAAUCUUUUGUACUAUGCUAUAAUGAAAGAAAACAAAAUACUUAAAAUUAUUAUAAUAUGCUGAGUGAAAGAUUUUCACACAAUUAGUUUUUGCUGAUUAUUUUCAUAAUGCUUGAAGUUUUCUUCUUUCUUGCCUAGUACUUUCAUCAUGAUUUUCAUGAAUGUUUUACUUUCUAACAGUACUGUAAUAUUAUUGCAGAUAAUAGGUAUAAGACUACAGAGGUAUUUAUAGUGUUUGUAAAGUUAACAGCAGGAAGCCUCUGUCGACAAAGAAUUUAUGAUUAUGUUCAUGUAUAAGUAUAAGUUCAAAAUGACAGCAAGGCCUUUCAUUUACAAUGAAUGCCCAGUAGUCUAACAUCAGGAAGGUAGGAGAUUCAAGUACUUGAUUUCACAUUAUUGAUAAGAUCAAAUUAAAAGGCACAUUGUUUGUUUUAAAAAGCUGGGCUCCUUUAGUUGUUGAUAAAUUUAUCAAACUGUCUCAGAUUUUGCUUUUAAAAACAUAUUUAAAUCAAAAGGAAUUGCUUUACACAAUUUGUAGGUUAAUUAAUUUUCUUCAAUAACAGUAAAAUAAUGAA